GCUCAGUUGUGAAGGUGAGGCCGCUCGUGGCUCGUUAAGGGUUUUCCUUUUAGGGGGGGAUUCCUGUGCGCGUGGCGGCUGGAGGACAUAAAAGACGCCGCGCGGUCAGUGUCACUUUGAUCGCUGCGCCUCUGUGGCACGUUCUCUGCAGCGCGUGCUGAGCUGAUCUGGAGCAGUUUGUGUGGAGGCGCGCGCGCGCUGUGUGUAAGACUGGCGCGUGAACCGGCAGAAGAAAGGGGGAAAGAAAAAAAAAAAGCAGCGCGAGCCACCCAGAGACAGAGAGCCAGGCAGCCCGCGCGAGCGCCCAGCAGCUAGCAGCCGAACACUUCGAGAGAUGGUCACAUCCACGCGUGGAAUCCUGCUCUUGACGAUGCUAAUAUGUCUCCAGCAGUGUGCUAACGUCCACGGUACAAAGACAGAAUGUGAAACCAACCAGUUUCAGUGUGGAAACGGUCACUGUGUCCCAUCGGUUUGGAAAUGCGAUGGUGAUGAGGACUGUGCCGACGCCAGUGAUGAGCGCGCCUGUGUUCAGAAGACAUGUGCAGAGGUGGACUUUGUGUGUCGUAACGGUCAAUGUAUCCCAAAGCGGUGGCACUGUGAUGGUGAGCCAGACUGUGAAGAUGGUUCUGAUGAAAGCCAGGAAGUCUGCCACACGAGGACGUGUCGUGUGAACGAGUUCAGCUGCGGACCAGGAUCCACCCAGUGUAUCCCAAUUUUCUGGAAAUGUGAUGGCGAGAAGGACUGCGACAGUGGAGAAGAUGAGGUCAACUGUGGCAACAUCACCUGUGCCCCAAAUGAGUUCACAUGUGCCAGUGGCCGCUGCAUUUCCCGUAACUUUGUGUGCAACGGUGAAGACGACUGCGGCGACGGCUCUGAUGAGUUGGAAUGUGCGCCGUCCUCCUGUGGGCCCACUGAGUUCCAGUGUGGAAACUCAUCGUGUAUCCCAGCCAGCUGGGUGUGUGACGAUGACGUUGACUGCCAGGACCAGUCAGACGAGUCUCCAGCUCGUUGCGGCCGCCACCCAACGCCACCGGCUAAAUGUCUGUCCAGUGACAUGCAGUGUCGCUCAGGGGAGUGCAUUCACAAGAAAUGGAGGUGUGACGGCGACCCCGACUGCAAGGACGGCAGCGACGAAGCAAACUGUCCUGUUCGCAUAUGUGGACCAGAUCAGUUCAAGUGUGAUGAUGGGAGCUGCAUCAUGGGCAGCAGGCAGUGUAAUGGCCUCAGGGACUGUGCAGAUGGCUCAGAUGAAGUAAACUGCCGGAAUGCUACUCACUGUAAUGGACCAGAGAAGUUUAAGUGCCGCAGUGGGGAAUGCAUCGAGAUGUCGAAAGUGUGCAACAAGGUCAGAGAUUGUUCUGACUGGAGCGACGAACCAAUCAGUGAAUGCAAUGUGAACGAGUGUCUUCUGAACAAUGGUGGCUGCUCUCAUCUGUGCAAAGACUUGACAAUUGGCUUUGAGUGUUACUGUACACCUGGACUGCAGCUCAUCGACCACAAGACCUGUGGAGAUAUCAAUGAGUGUCUGAAUCCAGGGAUCUGCAGUCAGAUCUGCAUCAACCUGAAAGGAGGAUACAAGUGUGAAUGUCACAACGGGUACCAAAUGGAUCCAACCACUGGAGUCUGCAAAGCAGUUGGAAAGGAGCCUUCCCUGAUCUUCACUAACCGUCGCGAUAUCAGACGUCUGGGUCUAGAAAGGAAGGAAUACACUCAACUUGUGGAACAGCAACGGAACACAGUGGCUCUGGAUGCAGAUUACAACCAGCAGAUGAUAUUUUGGGCUGAUCUGGGCCAGAAGGCAAUCUAUAGCACUGUUCUGGACAAACGAAAUGUCAGCAUUCACAACAAAGUGAUAGACAAUGUACAGACUCCUGUGGGAGUAGCUGUGGACUGGAUUUAUAAGAACCUGUACUGGUCGGAUCUUGGCACCAAAACAAUCUCUGUUGCCAAUUUUAAUGGGACAAAGCAGAAGAUUCUGUUCAAAGAGGGCCUGAAAGAACCUGCUUCUAUUGCUGUGGAUCCACUGUCCGGGUUCCUGUACUGGUCUGACUGGGGUGAACCAGCGAAGAUUGAGAAAUCUGGCAUGAAUGGGGCAUCUAGACAAGUUCUCGUGGCAACAGACAUCCAGUGGCCAAAUGGAAUCACCCUGGAUCUGAUCAAAGGCCGGCUGUACUGGGUAGACUCUAAGCUGCACAUGCUCUGCAGUGUCGACUUAAAUGGAGACAACAGGAAGAAAGUGCUGCAGUCUCCAGACUACCUUGCUCACCCCUUUGCUCUCACUGUUUUUGAGGAUAGAGUCUUCUGGACAGAUGGCGAAAACGAGGCAAUCUAUGGUGCAAAUAAAUUCACGGGUGCUGAGGUAGUGACGUUAGCCAGCAACCUGAAUGACCCUCAAGACAUCAUCGUCUACCACGAACUGAUCCAGCUGUCGGGUACAAACUGGUGUGCAGAGAGAGGAGAGAAUGGUGGCUGCAGCUACAUGUGUCUGCCUGCACCACAGAUCAACAAACACUCUCCAAAAUAUUCCUGCGUGUGCACGGAGGGGCAGGAGCUCGCUGCUGACGGCUUGCGCUGCAAACCUGAGUCCAACAUGAGCACGUCGGUCCAGGUCAACUCUACAGCCAAAGGAUCUGCUGCAGCCUGGGCCAUACUACCCAUACUGCUGCUGGCGAUGGCGGCGGUAGGAGGCUACCUAAUGUGGAGGAACUGGCAGCUGAGGAACCAGAAGAGCAUGAACUUUGACAACCCAGUCUACCUGAAGACCACAGAAGAAGACCUGAACAUAGACAUCACGCGACAUGGUGCCAACGUAGGACACACCUACCCUGCAAUUUCAGUAGUGAGCACAGAAGAUGAUUUAUCGUGACAGACUUGCCUCCUGGUUUCCUCCACCGGCAGUCGUCUCUCGCGGCGGCGUCCCUGACUAUACGGCCACAAGCCUGAAGUGCAUUAUGUCAUUUCCUGUGAAGACGACUAGAGAAGAUGUUAUUUAUUACAUGUGAAUAUUACAAUGUUUUCAUUCUGCAUCCAAAGUGUUUUGUUCUUCUUGAUCAGCUUCAAGUGGUGCAGGGGGUGCUCAGACCCAUAAUGUUUGCUUGCGAAGCUAGUUUUUGUUUUUCAUCACCCACUCAAGUGUCACACUCCAUCUUUAAGUGACAGAUGAACAUCAGUGAGUUCCACAAUUUCAUCUUUCUUUUCUUUUAAAAAAAUUAAGUAGCUUUUCCAUAAACUUGCACAGGACUAGAAUCCAGUUUUGAGACUCUUUGGAGCACAUUCAGACUUGAAGUUAACUUUGCACGGAAAACUGUCACGCUGUGCGACCUCUUGAGACUCAACUUUGUGAAUAUUAAUGAACGAUCAUGUGUACAGAAAAGAUAUUUAAAAUAUUAAAGCUUCUUUUUUCUUUUUUUUCCCCAGCCGUACCUCCCGGAUUGCAUUCUUACGAGCAGUGAUCUCCGUUAUUAUUUAUAGAGCUUUGUAAGGAUCACUAUGGUUACAGCUUUGUAAACAUUUCCCUGUCUGCCUGAACACAUGUCGUCAGUCGGGACUCUUAAUGCACUUUGAUCCACUGUUACUUGUGUAAAUAAGAUUGUGUAAAUUUGGAAUCUUUUGCUACAGGUGGGUGGAGUUACCAGGGCUCACAUGUAUUUAAGAAUCAAGAACAAACUGAAUUUGGUCAAAAACUAUUUUGUAUGUUUGUGCUGUUGCUGUGAACUUUUUCUAGCCUUGUACAGUUAAAGGGGAACAUGAACUUAAAAGCUCCAUAUCUGUGAAACUGAUUUUUCAAAUCACUUGAAAAUAAGACCGUAAUGUUUGAAAA